GGUACAAAUUUGGGAACACCCAGAUUGCACAACGCCACCGGUGAUGCUGCCACCGCAGCCCCGGCAGCAAUAAAUAGGGGAGAAGCAGGCACAUGAGCAGAGCUCUGUGAGGAGAACACCCCCAGGUACAACUGCUGCCAGCUGCUGCAGAGAUGGUGCACGCAACCCCCUUCCUCCUGGUGCUCAGCCUGGCCAUGGUGGCCCCCGUCCUCUCCACAAGAAAGUGCGUGCUGACUGGGAACUGGACCAAUGACCUGGGUUCCAACAUGACCAUCAACCCCAUGAGCAAAGAAUGUAACUUCAACGGCUCCUACUUCACGGCUGUGUCAAGAAGUGGGAGGGCUAUCAAGGAAUCACUGCUUUGGGGGUCCCAGAACUGCACAAAGCAGACCCAGCCCGUAUUUGGCUUCACCGUCAACUGGAACGGUGCAGACGCUGUCACUGUGUUCACGGGCCAGUGCUUUGUGGAUGAGAAAGGAAAGGAGGUCUUGAAGACGAUGUGGCUCCUGCGGUCGCAUGAGUACAGCAUCAAGGACGACUGGAAAGCCACCAUGUGAGACCAUGCCCUGGUCCCCUGCGCAUCCCU